AUGUCGGCCGCCGACGGCAACGUGGACGACGCCCUGACGAGCCUGCACUGGCUGCAGAACCUGAACAUCAUGACGCGCAUCGGGGCCCCGACGCCUCCGACGCCGCCGGCGAGUCCGCCCGGUUGCGGGUCCGGGUGCGUGGCCGCCAAGGCCGCGCUGCACGGCUCCGCGGCCGCCCACAGCGCCGUCUCCAGGUGCGCGGCGGCUGUGGCGGCCGAAGAGCCCGACUACAAGAACCAGGGCUCGAGCAAGCCUCCGUACUCGUACGCGACGCUCAUUUGCAUGGCCAUGAAGGCCAACAAGAACAAGAUGACGCUCAGCGCCAUCUACAAGUGGAUACGCGAGAACUUCCUGUACUACCGGAACGCAGACCCCAGCUGGCAGAACUCCAUCCGCCACAACCUGUCUCUCAACAAGUGCUUCAUCAAGGUUCCGCGAAGCAAAGACGAACCGGGCAAGGGCGGCUUCUGGAGGCUGGACCCCGUCUACGCCGACUCCCUGGUCGACGGCGUCUUCAAGAAGCGACGACCCGCACAGAGACACCCCGGAGCGCCUGGCACCGCCACAGCGCCGGCGACGGGGGGUGGCAGCAGCGGCAGCAGCUCCAAGCGGAACCGGAGGGACCGCGGAGGCGGAGCCAAGAACAAGCAGGCGACGUCGACGCAAGCCCUGAGCGUCGUGUCAGCGCUCCAAGCGCACAACGGGCCUGCCGUCAUCGUGGAACGCAUCGAUCCGGCCGCCGUCGUGGUCAUGGACUCGACGGGCGUCGCGGGCGCGACCACGUCUACCUCGCAGCACCACCUGGACGACGUGUGCGGCGACCUGGGCGACUCGCUCAAGAACGACCUGUCCUGGAUCCUCAGCGAGAGCGACCUGGACUUGGAGCAGCAGCUGGACCGGUACCGAAGCUCCGAGGACGCCGCCGCCGCGGCUGCCCUGCAACUGGAGGAAGACCUCUUCGGAAGCAGUGGAGGAGUCACCGAUGGCGGAGUCACCGUCAACGGCUCCGUGCCGUCCGCGUCCAGUCCCGACUGGUGGACGUGCUUCGGUCCGGGCAGCGGCGGUGCCGAGUCGGCGUCGCUGUGUCUUCCGGUGGCGGCGGCGGCGACUCCAGCGGCCGGCUGCUCUUCGUCGAGCGCGGUGCAGACGUUCGAGCUGCUGUACGGCGGCGCGGGCGCCGAGACCGACGACGCCUGCGUCGUCGACCACCACGUGACUGUUCCGGGCGAGCUGGUCUUCUGCGACCCGACGUCGUCGGUGACCGUCGCCCAGCAGCAGCAGCCGUGGGCGGACUGCAAGGCGGCGCUCGAGGCGGCAGCGCUCGAGCUGGAGACGUACGCCGAGAUGGACGUGGUGCCCGGAUACUAGUCGGUGUAUCUCGCCUUAAGUGUGUAUCAGGCGAUUGUGCGCGACUCUCUAUGCCGCAGUGGUGGGUGUGCUUGCGUUGCUGUGUGGAUCCUGUAGCAACGUCUUUGUAACUGAUGUUUAUGACUGCCGAUAUGUGUGUUUCUGUGAAAACAGCGCGCAAGACAUUCAAGUACCAGUGGUGUACUACGUCGGAAGCGCGACGGUUACGACCUCAGUGAGAAGGAGCCGCGGAGCGUGAAAUUGAUUGUCCCACACGUGUUGUGUCGUGUCGCUGUCGUCUGUUUUGUUCGGAGAGCGCACAGGUGGACAGCGGUGACUGCUGCUCCCUCUUUUCAACAGCCAAACAUGUCCCAGCACUUCUUGUCGGGUUCAAUCCCCCUUGUUGUUCGCUUUCUUUCCGUGUUCGUGUAAGGCCGGCUUGUGGAAAGAAACAAGGCCGUAUAGUUGUGUGAUAUCCGAGAGCAUGAGACAAAGACAAGCUUAGUUACACUCAA